AUGUCGUUCAGUAAUCAAAGCUGUGCUGGCGGCACAAUGGAUAAUGCCUUCUUAAAACACGUCAAGUAUAACGGAGGAAUUGACACCGAGAAUUAUUAUUCGUAUACAGGCGAAGUAAGACGUUAUAUUGUUGUUAAUCUCAUACUGUAAUAAACGAUUCGUUUUGGAAUAUUUACAGCAACAAGAGUGCGGGUACAAGUCCGCGUAGGACCCGGGGGCUUACGACGCAGGUUUCGUAGACGUUGCCUCGGGAGACGAAAACGCUCUCGCGGACGUCUUGGCUACCGUUGAACCGGUAUCCGCUGCCGUCGACACUACUCCGUUUGGAUUUCGCUUUUAAAGAAGCGUGUUUUGCUCGUCCAAAUUUAGUACUGCACAUCUCAACUGCGGUGUACUAUGGUUGUUGGUCACAACACUACGAAAUCGCGAGACGACUACUGGAUCGUUAAGAACUCUUGGGGUAAGAAAUGGGGUGACGGUGGUUGCAUAUUGAUGGCCCGUAACAUGGGCAACAACUGUGGUAUCGCGACCUCUGCCAGCUAUCCUUUGGUCGAAAUUUAA